CUCGUUCUCCCUCUCUGUCUCUCUCUCUCUCUCUCUCUCUCCCCCCUGUCUAGCUGCUAUUAAAGAGAGCAGCAGGGGCUGCUGAGUACAAUGCAUCGCGAACACCAAGAAAUCGAGCCAGACGCUCAGUCCCAGCACUCGAUCCAUUCUCUGCCUUCUGCAACAUCUUUAUACCCAGCAAACGCAAGUCAGCCCAGAGCACUCUAUAGGUUUCAGGCAGGUAUGGUGGCUUGCAAAGGAAUAUGGACACAACAGUUCUGGAGAGCAGUUUCUGGAGAGUUUUUGGCGACACUCAUUUUUGUCCUUCUCAGCCUGGGCUCGACAAUUUCCUGGGGAGGUGAAAGCGCCCCUUUGGAUACCGUCCUCAUCGCUCUCUGUUUUGGACUUAGCAUUGCGACCAUGGUGCAGUGCUUCGGUCACAUCAGUGGGGGUCAUGUUAACCCAGUGGUGACAGCUGCCAUGGUGUGCACUCAGAAGCUGAGCCUAGCCAAAGGAAUUUUUUACAUCGUCGGCCAAUGCCUGGGCGCCAUCUCCGGUGCUGGGAUCCUCUACCUGAUCACACCGUUACACGUUGCAGGUGGCCUGGGAGUAACCAAGGUAAAUGAGAAGCUUUCGGCAGGACACGGCCUAUUGGUUGAGCUGUUUAUUACAUUCCAACUGGUGUUCACCAUCUUUGCUACAUGUGAUCCCAAACGCAAUGAUCUCAAAGGCUCAGCAGCUUUGGCCAUUGGUCUGUCUGUUGUCAUUGGACACCUGUUUGCAGUUAACUACACAGGAGCAAGUAUGAACCCUGCUCGCUCCUUUGGACCUGCAGUUAUUACAGGGAGAUGGGAAAAUCAUUGGGUUUACUGGGUGGGCCCUAUGAUGGGUGGAAUCAUUGCUGCUGGCCUCUACGAAUAUCUCUUCCGCCCAGACAGAGAACUGAAGAACCACCUCAAGGAUAUUCUUAAGCCUACACAACCUCCUGGAGACAAAUGCAUUGAGGUGGAGGACAACAGGAGCCAAGCUGUUGACUACGAUGAAUUGAUCAUCAAACCUGGUGGUUCUGAAAUUAUUGACAUGGAUAAAAGUGAAGCUAAGAGGGAAAAUGAUGCCACAAAAGAACUUCUGUCAUCUGUAUGACUAGCAAAGAGAACAGAGAGCAGAAAUGAUCUCUUGUGUGUGAGUGUCAUUUCUCUGAAGGAAACAGACCUGUUGUAAAUACAAGGUACUAUGUACCUCUUCAAUAACUGUGAGAGCGAUCAUUCAUUCACUGAAACUCAGAAUGGUUACGGUGCACGAGGAGGCCAUUCGGCCUAUCAUGCUUGCACUGGCUGUAUCCCCUAGGGCCAAUCUCCUGCCUUUUCCCCAUCUCCCUGCCCACCAUUCCUAUCCAAUUAACCAUCCAGUGCCCAUCUUGAAUGCCUGAAUGGAACCUGCCUCUACUACAUUUCCCAGGCAGAGCAUUCCAGACCCGCACUACUCGCUGGGUGAGAGUGUUGUUUUGUUUCAUUUGUUCCUCAUUUUAAAUCUUCCCCCUCUCAUUCUUGUUUCUUUUAUGAAUGGGAACUGCUUCUCCCUUUCAACACUAUCACGUGCCCUUGUGAUUUUAAAAAUCUCUUUCCAAUCUACUGUAAAAACAAUAAUUUUAGUAUAUUUCAGGAAGGUGACACAAAACGAUGAAGUUAUAGAAUCCCUACAGUAUGGAAACAGGCCAUUCAACCCACACUGACCUCCAAAGAGCAUCCCACCCAAUUCCUGUAACUCUGCAUUUCCCACCCAGCCUGCAUGUCCUUGGAUGCUUUGAAUCAUUUAGUAUGGUUAAUCCAUCCUAAGCUGCACAUCUUUGAACUGAGGAGAGAAACCAGAGCACCUGGAGAAAACCCACACAGAGAAUAUGCAAGCUCUGUACAGACAAUCGCCUAAGGUUGGAAUUGAACCUGGGUCCGUGGUAUCAUGAGGCAGCAGUACUAACCACUGAGCCACUCUACAUUUUUGUGCUUGAGUCAGUAAUUUCAUGUAUUCCCUUUUAUGCAGUUCACUCAGAUAUUUAUAAGGAAGUUUAUUUUGAAGAAUGUAUUGGUGUUAUGUGCUGUACUGAUGGAAGGGUUCCUUGACCCAGGGCCUUUCUGACAUUGUUACCAGGAGGUCUACAGCAGUGAAAGUCUUUGGUGGUGAUGAAUCCUUUUGGAUUUAACUUGCUUACUGUUGGAAGUCUUUCACAUGUGUGGCUGCAUUUCAGCUGAAUGUUUAAUGAUAAUGAUGCAACUAACUGUGCCAGCUGGUGCACACGCCUGUGCUUUCGGCCCCACGCACUGAUGAUAGUAUGUUUCUUCCCAGGAAGAGUUUAUUUGCAAUGUGUAAGAUUGCUUUCUUUAACAGUACAACACUAUAAUAUUUAGACAUAGGCUCGAAGUUAAAAAAUCCUACUCCUUGUAAUCAGGUCCCCUGAGAUCUUCACCUCAUCCCCAAGACCUCUGUAAUGCUGUAAUUCUCCCUGACGAUCUCCAUGCUAUUGCUGACGUCGCUGGGAUCAGCUGUUUAUGUCCAAAGUUCAUUCCGAAUCCUUCCCACCUUUCAGAUGCUUUUCUGACUGCACACGAUUCAUUGACAGGAUGUCGGCUAGUCUAGCAUUUAUUGCCCAUCCUUAAUUGUCCCUGAACUGAGAGCCUCUCUCAGAGGGCACAUAAGAGACAACCUUAUUGCCCUGGGCCUGGAGUAACACGUUAGGCCAGGCCAGGUAAGGACGGCAGAUUUCCCCUCCCUGCAGAUCAUCACUAAGCUUGAUGGUUUCUUUUCCAAAAACGGUCUCCUAGUCAUCUUUAGAUUCUUAAUUCCAAAUUUUCAUUGAUUUCAAUUUCAUUCAAAUUCAAAGGAACCUAAAGAACUGCAGACACUAUAAAGGAGCAACAAAAACAAAGUUGCUAGAAAUGCUCAGCAGGUCUGGCAGCAUCUGUGGAGAGAAAUCAGAGUUAAUUAGUGACCCUUCCUCACUCAAAUUCCACUGCCUGUUUUGACUGGAUUUAAACUUGGGUCAGUAGACUGUUACCUGGGCCUCUAUAUUUGCAGUCUAGUAGUAAAACCACCAGGCCAACACCACCCCUAUGUUAUGCAUAUGAAAUGUUAAAUCAUGUCUGUCUGCUCCCUUAGUGGUCCUUAGCAAUCACUUAGAAAUUGAAUUUUGCUGGAAGUAAUGAUAGGCUGUUGAAGGGUUUCGUCUUGCAUUCAUCAGGACAGAUGCAAGAAUGUCAAAUUUUGAAGGGAGUAACAAUUUAUGCUGCAUGAGAAAAGGAUAUUGAUGCAAUUUCAGUGCUGAUGUGGUGCCAGAUACUGAAGCCAUUUACACCAAGGACUGGCAGUUUGCUUCAACCAGUGCGCCCUUCUGCCUGUUCAUAAUACAUGAAUUCACAAUCUGCAAGGGCCGGUGGGGGUGGGGAGCAGGGCAUGGAAAUCAAUGGCUUGGUGUAAUUCUCACUACACUGUCAAUCUAAAUACCCAGGCUAAUGUUCAGGCUAACACAGGCUCAAAUCCUACCAGGCCCACUGGUGAAAUUAGAGUUUAAUUUUACAAAAGUAAUCAGGAAUUAAGAUUGUUGGAGAAAAACCCAUCUGGUUCACUAAUAUCCUUUAGGGAAGGAAGCUACCAUCCUUACCUGGUCUGGCCUACACGUGACUCCAGCCCCACAGCAAUGUGGUUGACUCUCAAUUGCCCUCUGGGUAAUUAGAAAUGAGCAAUAAAUGCUGUCAAGCCAGCAAUGAAUGAUCUUGUGAAUGAAUUUUUUAACACGCAGAUUCCUGACUGGGUCCAUUUAGCUCUGCAUGCACAACUCAGAAGUCUGUAAGAAAUAAGAACAGGAGCAGGCCAUUCAGCCCCACGAGCCUGCUCCACCUUUCGAUAGGAUCAUGGCUGAUCUGACAUCCCUCAUGCCCACAUUUCUGCUCUUGCCCCAUAUCACUUGUUUCCCUGACUAAUCUUAUCUCUCUCAGCCUUAAACAUAAGGACUCUACCCCCACACAUCUCCAGAGUUCCAGACUCACAAGCCUUUGAUAGGGAAUUGAUGUGAUUCCAUGGUUAAACCCACUUGUUGAACAAUUCUGAAUAAGCUACAAAUUACAGGAGGAGUAACCAAUUCAAAGUGAGCAGUGUGGCUAACAGCAUAGCUUACUUCCCCUCUCCCAUUUCUGAAGAAGGGUCCAGACCCAAAACAUCAGCUUUCCUGCUCCUCUGAUGCUGCUUGUCCUGCUGUGUUCAUCCAGCUCCACACCUUGUUAUCUCAGAUCCUCCGGCUUCUGCAGUUCCUACUAUCCCUUUAUAGCUCACUGACGGCUACAGGUACUCACCUGCCCCCUGCAGGAAACAAGGAAUAUGACCGAGCAUGUUCCUCCUUUUCACAAUCAAAGGAAAACAAAGGGAAUUGUAAUUCUCUGGUACAUUCUCCAUGGGCACAAGACAAACAAUUAACUUGCUAUGCAAUACAGCAUCUCAAUGCGGGUUACACAGCUUGUUUCUCUCUUCAGUAUUUAUUUAAUCAAUAAUUAUUGGUUUCAGCUGCGCAUCAGUUGGUCGCACUACCAUUGACGAAUUGCAAAGGCAGGGGUUCAAAUCCCACUUCAGGGAAUCCAGGUUAUAAAGAAUCAAAAGCUGGCUCUGCUGUGUGGCUCCAAGAGGGAACUGUGUUGGAGAAGGGGCUAACACUAGGCUGAACCUGUCAUAUGUGUCUUAAAUAUCCCAUGCAGGACAGUUUCCUGGCCAUCUCUUUAACAGAUGACAUGGCCAUUAACACUUUCAUCUUUGUGGGAGCUGGCUUUACAAAAAUUGGCUGCUGUGUUCCUCAUAUUACAGCAGUGACCACACUUGCAAAUUACUUCAAUGACUAUAAAUCACUUUAAGAUUGACUGAAUUCUUCAAGGCGCUAUACAAAUCCAGCUGUUUUCUUCCUCUACCUCCUUGAUAAAGCUUUAGGUUACCUGCCAUAAUAUCUUCUCUUGAGGCUCACUGACAACACAGCUGUGCAGCACCUUCAAAGUCUCAUUAUGUUAAAGGUGCUAUAUUGACAUAUGCUGUUGUUGUUGUUGGACCAAAUGAAGUGAUAGUUUUCUAUAUUUUCUCAAUUCAUGUUUCAUUAUAUGGAAAUAUAUACUCUUGUUUAUAUCUAACAGAUAUGUUCAGCCUUUCUGAUAUUUGAUUAGGUUAUUAACAAAGUGUACAAUGGUCUCACUCUGUAGAUUUAAAGAAACAGGCAUAUUUUGAAUGAGUUAUUAUCUCUGCGUAUUGUUGCUGAAUUAUCAGAGA